AUGAGAAGGUUAAAACGAAGAGAAGCAACUAAGGAGCUGUGCGGACGGCUGGAAGGCUCUAAAGAAGGAAUAAAGAGCCGACGGCGAAAUAGAGGGCAGCAGCGCAAACUGCAGCAAGAAAGCCAGAAGCAGCAGCAGCAGCAGCAGCAGCCGGUAAGCGCAGAUGAAGAAGCAGCAGACCAUUUAUUGACGCAGGAGGCGGAAGACCAGAAUUGCCAGCAGCAGACCCAUGACACACAAGAAGAGCAGCAGCAGCAGCAGCUGCUGCUGCUGCUCCUGCAGCAGGAACACCAUGCUACCCAGCAAGUGCAGCAGCGUGGAGGUUCGCAGCCGCAGAAGCAACAAUUGCAGCAGCAGCAGCAGCAGCAGCAGCAGCAGCAGAAAGAUGCCCCUCAGGAGCAGCUUGCAGAGGUAGCAGGCACCGGCACAGACAGGCCGGGUGCUGCAGCAGGAAGCAGUGAUUCAGGAGCAGCAGCAGCUGGUGCUGUUGGUGCUAAUCCGGCUGCUGCUGCUGCUGCUGCUGAUUCGCCUGCUGCUGCUGACGCUGCUGGUGAAGUGGCUGGUGCAGCAGAAUCAGUCCGUGAGGCAGCAGCAGCAGAAAGUCUCAGGGACUUUAUGUCGCUGCCUAGUUUGCCAGCUGGCGAGGGACCCGUGACGAGCAGCAGCAGCAGCAGCGGCAGCAGCAGCGGCAGCAACAGCAGCAGGGCGUGGGGGGAAAUGAGCGUGGCAGUGAAGGCCUUCCGGCAGCGGGACAGCCAGGGCGCGCAGCGCAGCCUGUACGCAGAACUCUCGGUGCUGUCGCUGCUGCGGCACCCCAACGUGCUGCUGCUGCUGGGCGUUGUGGGGCCCCCCGUGUACGGGCUGGUGACGGAGUACGUGGGGGGCGGCUCGCUGUUCGACCUGCUGCACCGGCAGCAGCGAUGA